UCAGUGGCAAAACAGACGUGAGGACCGCAACAAUAUGAUGGACCUUUUUGAGACCAGUGCCUAUCUCUUUAGUGAUUUGCGCUACCUGGAGGAAGGGGAUCAUGGGGCAUUGCAGCCCUUGGACAUCGUUGGGGUGUCUCCACUUUAUACCGGCCACGACAGCCCGCUGUGCCUGGGGCUGGAUAAUGCUCUGUCUGAAACCGGGGGUGAGAGCAGCGGCGGGGAGGAGCACGUCUUUGCCCCACCAGGACUCCGUGAGCACUGUGAGGGCCAGUGCCUCAUGUGGGCCUGCAAGAUCUGCAAGAGGAAGUCGGCGCCGACGGACAGGCGAAAAGCCGCCACGCUGAGGGAGAGGAGGAGGUUGAAGAAGAUCAACGAGGCCUUCGACACGCUGAAGAGAAAGACAGUGGCCAACCCCAACCAGCGGCUGCCCAAAGUGGAGAUUUUACGCAGCGCCAUCGGCUACAUUGAGAGACUGCAGGAGCUGCUUCAAACGCUGGAUGAGCAAGAGAAAAUGCAGCAAAAUGGAUCGUCAUGUGGUUUUAACAGCAAAGAACACAGUAAGUCCAGCCACGAGUACCCCUCGGAGACCUGGGUGACCUCUGCAGACCAUUCCACUGCAGCAAACAAGGCAGAAGGAUCCAGUGAGUUUUCUGCGUCCUCUAGCCUCCUGCGUCUGUCCUCCAUCGUGGACAGCAUCACCAACGACGAGAAAAUCAGCCUCAGCAAGGACGUCUCUGAAAAUUAAAAUAUUAAUCGAUCAGAGAUUUUAAAUUUUAAAUUUCCACUAUUCAUCACUAAAUUAUUUCCUGUGUUUGAUUGUUUUUGUGUUUUCAUUUGUACAGCAUCAGCAUCAGACAUAUUUCACAGCUGAAAACUUGUACAUAUUUUUUAACGAUUUAUUUAUUUUAUAUUCAGAAGAUGGCAACGUAU